AUGGACAAGGACAAUGCCAACCCGACAAUUCUGAACGUCUCGCAGCUUCCAACGCGACAGACGAAAAAGAAGGUUACCCUAACCGGGCCGGGCACAAAGUACUCUAGCUUUGUGUUUUCGCGCCCUGCCUAUCUGUCAUGCUCGUCGGCUUCGUUAUUGUCGUCAUCGCCUUCGUCGGCCUCGGAUGAGAGUACAUUCGAUGACUGGGGUGGGGCAGGCGCACAGGGGUUGAGCGACGACGAGUUUGUCGAGGAGCCAAUCGAUGAACAAGAGAUCUACGAUCUGAUAUCGACAAUUUCGGACCCUGAGCACCCUCUGUCCCUGGGCCAACUUGCCGUUGUUAACCUCCCAGAUAUCCACGUAACUCGUCCAGCAUCGCAGGGAUCUCCCUCUGGCUCGAACGCUCUCGUCAGCGUCUUGGUGGAGAUUACGCCAACCAUCACUCACUGUUCCCUUGCCACCAUCAUUGGUCUCGGGGUUCGGGUCCGGCUGGAGAAAGCCUUGCCGCCUAACUACAGGGUGGAUGUACGUGUCAAAGAGAAUACCCAUGCACAAGAUGAACAGGUCAACAAACAGCUGGCCGACAAGGAGCGCGUAGCGGCUGCCCUAGAGAACCAGGACUUGAAGAGGAUGUUGGAAUCGAUGUUGUCAACCUGCACCUAA